AUUCAUUAAAAUCCUAUGUCAAUAUUGUUGAUCCACAUCAUUGUCAUUGUCUUCUGUCAGGAUGGUUCACGUAUAGCGAACAUAGCCACGAGCAUCCACCAUGCGAUCGGAUUACUUAUGCCCAAAACUUCCCCAGAGAAUAUAAAAUGUGUUUGUCAAACACUGAAAUUAUGUGGUUAUGAACUGGAUAUCGACUUUCCAAAAGAAACGGAUGAUCUAAUGAACCAAUUAAGCAGUUGUGAGAAUACAGACGUUUCUACUCAGAGAUUGCUUUCAAGUGUUAUAGAACUACGCAAAAAUCGAUGGGGUCGCAACAAUGACAGUAAUGCGUCAAAUCCACUAUUGGAUCAACAAUGUGGCAAAGAAUUCAGUAAUGAUCCAGUUUUCUAUGGACCAGAUGGAAAUGUUCUCACUGAAGAAGAAAGUGCAUUUCUUUGGAAUGCCACUACUUGUCCAGCUGAGAACUAUUACGAUGAUGAUGAAAACGAUCCGGAUGCUCUAGUUGAAAUAGAGCCUGAAAUGGACUUAGAAAUUCAGUUGGCGUUUAAAGAUUUUGUCACUUACCAAAAUAAAAAAUGAUGUCAAUAACUUGAGAACAUUUGACAGCUUUGGAGGAAAUGCGAUCCUUGUGCAGAUUAAAAUGCAAGACACAAAGUUUUUUCAUAUAAAUAAUUGAAAAUCUCCUUUUAUUCAUAAUUUGUGACGUUAAAGAACACAGAAUUACUAAAUUUCCUUUUUUUUUUCAACAUAAAAGCACGUUAACAUACAACAUUGCACGCGUGUUUGAUCAAAAUUUUUGUAACUUCGAAUAUUUUUUGAUGAGAUCGUGGGCUUCAGUUGAAAAUUUUAGAUCAUAAAUGUAUGUGCGUUCGUUCAGAACAUAGCCAGAAUUCAGUUUGUAUUCUCUUCCCGAAGCUACAAAAAUAUAUUUUUUUUUCUGCAAAA